AUGCCAGGCCCUUUCUUUCUUCUAUUUCAAGGCCCUACAUUCUUUACACCGCGGCCCUUCAAAAAUGCUCACUACUCGAACUCUCCUUUCCGUCUGUUCGAUUUUGUCAUUGUCUCACGCUUCUCCAGCUGGCCAGUACGACAGACGACAAGCUGUUUGCCUGCAACUAUUACAAUUACAGCUGCAACAGGCGCUCAAGACGUAGCAGCUCAAACGGUGUAUUUGACAAUCAAUCCGACCAUUGUGACAGUAACUACCUCACUUUGUGACUGGACAUCAACGUCGCUCUUCAGUAGAGCCCCAUCCUCUUUGUCAAGCCCUCCAUCGCCAUUUCCGUCUUCACCAAGCCCUUUGGCAGCUGCGUCCUCGACGAACAGCAACUCGGUUCCUGCUUCUCCUUCGUCCUCAGCGAAUAGCGCUCUACCUUCCGGAGCACCAAGCUCGAAGACUGAAUCGUCAUCGAGCAAUCCUCUUCCUUCUGGGGCACCAAGUUCAACAACCCAACUGUCUUCCACAGACACAACUAGCCAAAGUUCCUCGAGCAGUAUUCAAGCAGCGGCGACCGCCAGCUCAGAAUCCAGCUCCUCUAGCAGACUUCAGGCCGCGGAAUCCACCAGCUCAUCCAGCUCAUCCAUCAGUGUUCAAGCUGCCGCCACGGGUUCAGGUGUCAGUUCUUCAAGCAAUCCUCCUGGAGCUGCUACCACCUCUGCGCCUCCUGUUGUUGUCACUACUAUCUUUACGACGAUAAUUAAUGGCGUGACUGUGGCCGCUACGUCCACGCAAUUCGUUGAUGUUUUCGCCACAAGCACGGCUACCUCAAUCAUUAACGAUUUUGUGACGAGCACGAUCGAGGUUGACGUAACCUCGACCGCCUACCAUAUAGCCCCGUUAUGUUCGACUCUUGCUACUGUUGCGAAUUCGGAUUUCGAUACCACACUUCCCGAUAAUUCAUGGGUGGAGAUCGUAGGCGGCUCUGGCUUUAAUAUUUCAACGAACACGAACUCGAGCUAUGUCGAUGUUGGACCAAAUAGCGUGAAAUUCUCAUUCCCAGCGGGACCAACACACGCGGACAUUCUGUCAAGUUCACAAACUAUCACUGUCUGUCCCGACCAAAUCUAUGGCUUCUACGCCUUUACGCUACUAGGCCCUCUUAAUACAGGAUCCUGCGAGGCAUGGUUCUCAACUACUCCAGGGGUCGGCGCAGCCAAGGCGGGUAAUAAAGAACUUCUCGUUGCACUUUCGGAUCUGCCUGGGGUUUGGAGUCGAUUCAACAUCAGUGAAAACAACGCCGAUAAGACCUCAUUCUCUACCCAAGUCUUCAUCAAUGCUUACUGUGUCUCUUCAAAUCCAUCGGCUGUAUAUUUCGACACGGUGACUGUGGGGCAGACUUGAGAGACGUUCAUCCGUGCUGUUGUAAUAAAUGGAACAGAGCUUCUUACUUCCUAUUUAAACCCAGUGCCUUUCUAGUUCUCCACUCGUUUGUGCAACUCAUAUCUUAUUGCUAUGUCUUUUCGUUGGCUUUGACGGAAGACGUUCCCUUAUUCCCCAUUUAAGCGAGCUUCCCCUGAAUUGGGGCUGACACAACAACGCCAUUGGGACAGUACAAUGCAGUUCCCGGGAAAUUUGUUCUGUUGGAAAGCAAGGAUGCGCGAAGUUGAAAUAUGUUCUUGUGCGGUUCCUAGCAACGCCGAAUCCCAUCCAAGAAAAGCAUCCCAGUUGACGGCGGCAUACGGGGGUAUAAUUCUCAUCUUUCUACAUCUCAACGCCAGACCUCAUAAUCAUUACCUCUAACUCCAUGCCUGCCCACCGACCAC